UAAUUUAAUACUGUGAGCCUAAUUUGUAGUGUCCGUUUUAAAUAAUCGUAAUUUACAUGAGUGUACACACAGGUUACGCAAAUGUAUACUUUACUUUUUAAUUAGAUACUUAACUGAAUUUUAAUAUUUUUAACUGGUUGUAACUAGUAUAUGAACGACUACGUGGUAUACCCGGUAGAUGAGAUCAUCGUAUAUAUUAACUUUUGUGGUUCAGAACACAGCUGUAAUAUUGAAAGGUAAAAUUAAGUUGUUUGUAUAUUUUAUUUCGCCCUCCAGUGGUUUCGGUGAAAGCUGAUAAAUUCACAGCAUCAGUGUGAAAUGGCUUUCUACAUCCAAUCUGUAGAUAAUGGCUUAUAUUUGGAUGUUAGAGGUGAAAAUGAGGCUGCUGGAAUAGAUGUGAUUGUAUAUGACUUCCAUGGUAAAAAGAAUCAACAAUGGAGGUACAACAAUGGCAUGAUCUUCAGCAAGUUAAACAAUCUUGUCAUAGAUGUUGACUCAGAUAACAGAAUUGUAAUGGUUGAGCCAAGUGAAACAUCAAAGCAGAAAUGGUAUUUCGAUGAUGACUUCACUAUUAGGAAUGAAGAUGGACUUGUACUGGAUGUUCAGAAAGGAUCCAAGAAAGCUGGAACUCAAGUCAUAGCUUUCAAAAAGCAUGGAGAACCAAAUCAGAAGUUUAGAAUUGUGCCUAUAAACAAAGUAAAAUAGGGCAUAUAUAUUUUCCUCUUGGGUUUUACAAAAUGGUGGUCAGCUUAAAAGUUACAUAUAACAGCAACAACCAUAAGUUAUCAUUAAAUCUGAUAUAUAUGCUUUUUUUUAGCUAAGUGAUGGUACAUAUAAAAAUGUUCAGUCAGAAUACAAAUAUAUGUAUAUGUAUGUAUUUUUCUGAAUCAUUAGUUUGCAGAAAUGGUUUGGUAUACCAAUAUUAGACAGUUCGGCCAAUGACGAACAAGUCUUUAGAUGAAUUAGAUGAUUAUUAUAUUCCUCAUCUGCCUGUAUGAGUAAUUUCUGUAGUUACUACUUUCCAUUAAAACAGCAUUAAUUUUCAAGAAUUAGCAGGUCACUAACAAUGUGAUCACUAGCUACACCUGUGACUCUAUUGGGUGUGGAAAGGAAGAGAAUAGAAGAUAAGCUUCUGUAAGUAGGAACAGUGGUGAGAAAGUUAAUUAUUCAUCAUGAAAAUAUGCUACUUCUUGCAUGGGAUAAUUAAUGAAUUAAUGCAUUUAUCAGUGGGUGUAUAGGAUUAUUCAGUUUGAUGUUUAUCUAAAUAUAUUCUUACAAUGCAUUUAUUAUUUUAUGUUCACAGUGUUCACUUAAGGUCACAUAUAGACUGUAUUUUCUUCAGAAUGCAUCUCUGUUGGAUUUAGAUGUGUAAGAAAUGUAGAUCUAUUUUCAAUUUAAAAGCAAUAAAAGCUUUUGAAGAUAA